CCAGAUACCUUUGUUCCACCUGAAAACUACACUUUCACCCCAGGAGGAGUCUUAAUUCAUGAUGCUGCAUUCGUGCGUCUAGUCAAGCUGUUGGAGAAGGCUAAAGAUCGGGACCUGGGCGCGCGGAACAUGCGUACCUAUACUGACUUCUUUGGUUAUGAAGUCCUUGAACUUAUCGAUAAAACGUUGCACGCUAUUAACAUAUAUGUCUACAAGAGGAAAUGGCUUGUUGCAUGGCAUGCUUUGGAUGGGCUUGCGAAAUUCAAGGAGAUGUGUGACGAUUGGCUUAAUGUUGACGAUGGUGACCACGUCAGAGCUACAGAACAGUUCUUUGGUGCACUCGUUGUCUCCACUCUCCGGGGACUUGAGGCGGCGGGUUUGCUCAAUGAAGAAGUCAUACCAGAACUUGAGAGUUCUCUAAUUGAUAUGACAGAGUUUGCCGAGCAUUGGUGGGACACCCUUGACACCUGCUGUCAUAAGGGACUCAGCGAGGUGGAAAGAAGGAAGAGAGGUGACAAGAUAGAUGAGAAACGAGAGGUAGAAGUCGGCAAAGACAAUGAUAUUCGCAGUACAGAAGGCAAGGAAACAGCUUGGUACGGCAAUGCUGAUGUUCAGGAUGCCAACUUCCAACAUCGAACAUUCGAUUUAGAUCGUGGUUUGAAGGAAGUGUUGGAGCAUGCACACGAUAACUCGUCAGAUUCGUCGUACUACAAUCUCAUAAAGUUGACCGAGAAGGAGAAAAAGGGAUAUCAUAUUAAUCGUCGAUCACGAUGGAUGCAAGUUCUCGGAUAAUCACGCAAUGGACUCUAGUUUGUCCCUUUCCAAUGCCAUUAUCUCAUAAUUCUUUUAGAUUACUCCACAGCCCUUGACCCACCAUUUCCCCAAAUAACCACUGCGUUUGGUCCAAUAUCCUCGUAGUUGAGAUCUCCAACCGUAACAUUACUGAUAGCAUUGAAACUUCGUAAUGAUCCGCAUACUCUAUCUAAUUUCAUGAAAGUGUAUUUGAUUUAUCAUUAUUGAUAAUGAUCAGGAAAGCUGUACGCGAUUGAGAGGAGCCACUAGCAUGUAAACUCCGGUGUAAACUCCGAUACGCGAGUGUCAAUAAAGCAUAAGUGUCGA